AUGUGCAAGGCUCUGAUCUUUGCCGUGCUGCUCCUAGCAGUUCCCCUGGAACGUGCAGACAGUCGAGCCCUCAGGACCCCCGUGGAUGCCAUACAGUUUUUGGAACACUACAAUGACCUCUUGAACAUUGAUGACCUUGAGAAUCAGACGGGAGAUCAACUGGAGAGUCCACAACCGUUGGGCUCGGGGCUAAAGGUUGCAGAGUACCCCAAGUGGAUCGACAUUCCUUCGCAGAACGACAACACUUGGUUCCGCCUCCUGAGGGGGGCUUUGGCCAAUCGGAAAAGGGCUUUACCGGACAGAGCGAAGCGGGGUUGGAACCGGGGCUGCUUUGGCCUCAAACUUGACCGCAUUGGCUCGCUGAGCGGUCUCGGAUGUUAG